GUGAUGGUCGGGUCUUCCAGGUCUCUCCAUGGUGUCAGUUUGUUUUGUGCACGCGUUACAAAACAUCACCUGAACCCUUCUUCCACUUAAGCGGCUAUAGCAAUUAUGGACGCUGUUCUAGGGACGUUAUUCUCCUCGGAGGAGCAAGAAGUGUACGUUUUGGAUUGUUUAUCGUACUUGAUGAUGGUUAUGGCAUUCAUAACUUUCGUGACUUUGCUCUUUGAGCACGUGCCCUAUGGCAGAUAUGCAUCCAGCAGGUAUGGGUUCCCCGUGAAUGUUAAAUUCGCCUGGUUCGUUCAAGAGCUGCCGGCUUUGGUGGUGCCUUUGAGUUUGGUCCUCUGGGGUCCAUGUGCAAAGAUAAUGCACCUGCCCAACCAGCUACUUCUACUCAUGUUCGUUUUCCAUUAUUUGCAAAGGUCCCUCAUCUACCCGGUUUUUAUUCGAGGAGGGAAAUCCACACCAUUCAUCUCAUUUGUCUUGGCCUUCGUCUUCUGCAUUUAUAAUGGGUACCUGCAGGCAAGAUACCUGAGUCAUUAUGCAGAUUACCCACCUGGCUGGGCUACACAUCCCUGUUUCAUCAUAGGGUCUUGCAUUUGGUUGCUGGGAUGCAUCAUUAAUAUUCAUUCUGACCAUAUUCUCAGGAACCUCCGUAAGCCUGGAGAGACGGGCUAUAAGAUACCUAGAGGGGGCAUGUUUGAGUACGUCUCGGGAGCAAACUUCUUUGGGGAGAUUGUGGAAUGGACUGGGUUUGCUCUGGCCGGUCACUCGGUCCAUAGUGCAGCUUUUGCUCUCUUCACUCUCAUUGUGCUGUCCAGCAGAGGAAUGGCCCACCACAAGUGGUAUCUCGCAAAGUUUGAAGACUAUCCUAAAUCAAGAAAAGCUUUAAUACCGUUUGUGCUCUGAUUCUGUGGGAAGUGCUAUCAUGAUUUACCGAGACUGGGAAGAGAUGCGUCAAGCAUUACACAAUGACAAUUACUCACUUCUACAAGACGGAUCACUUAUUUAUAUUACAUGGCAACGCACACGUUUAUAAAGUGCAAAAUCAGUGUUCCUUUAAGAGAUCAUACAGCGUCUCAGACGAGAUGAGAUGCACAUGGCAGGCAGCUGCUGUCCUAAUCCAGACGUUCCCUAUUAACCACCUCUUCUUCAAGACAGUAACAAAUAUGUCAGCAAAAUAUGGACUUUCUGAUCGUGAUGGAUACAAGGCUGUCCAAGCUCAGAAAUGUGAGGAAACGCCUGAUUUAUCUGCUCAAGAGAGAUGCACUGCAACCGUACCAUUAAUCGGACGCUGUUUCACUGCGAUCCGUACGGAUUUUACGAGUUGGCUAAUUCACACGACCUCACUCGUACCAUUUGACCGACGAAGAGGUUUAGAGGCGGGGUUAGGUUUAGGGCAUCCGUACCAAUUCUUAUAAUUGCGUGAGAUAUGAUACAUCACGAAUAAGGUCGUACGAAUUAGCCGCUAUUCGUAAAAUAAGCAGGAAUUGCGACGAGACUGGGCUUGAUUAAUCCCGUUAUACACGCAUCUAAUCUAAACUACAUCUAACGGCUCUUCGUGGUGAUUUUUGUGGCAGUUCGGACUGAGCACUUCUAAACAGACUUCCUGUCUUAUGAAAAGCUACGCUGUACGCGAGUGUUAAAAUCUCUUUAACUGUUUUACGAAAAGAGAUUUUCGAAUUAAAAUGUGCAUGUUUACUGAUUAAUGUGUCGCUCUUAAACCUACUGAACGGUCCACUUUUUGGGGGUUAAAGAAAUUGGAUGAAUCUCAACAGGGCCAGACCCGUGAAUAGACUUAUUAUUGAACGUCGUCGUUUGUCUUUACCAUAAAGCCUCCGAUCGAUUCGGUCUUAAACUAAACGCAGCUUCUGCCAAACACUUUCCCCCCCAGACGUUUACCAAGAUCUUCUCAACAGAUGGCAGGGGUGAUGUGCAAGAUACAGGCUCGGUACGCGAAGCUGUCAAAAUGAAGUAUUAAAAUCAAUAACCAGAAGUAUCCCAAGAGCGAGUGCCGCUCUCAAGGAAAAUAAGUGCAUGCCUUGCCUUAAAAGGACAGAUAGGGUUAUUUUUUUAUGUAACAUUUGUUUUGUUGCGCUUUGAAAGAUACACACCGAAUGAAGAAAUCACGCUAGUAUUACCGUGAUAUUUCACGCAACAACAUCGUGUCGCAAAUUCAGCUCGGUCCAAAUGGCUACAGCUGUCGUUGUGUGUGUGUGUGUGUGUAUAAGUGAUGCUUGUAACGUCAUGGUUUGCCGUGGCUGACAUGCUUUGGCGUGCAGCAGGUGGGCUCUCGUAAUCCCUUCAGGUGUAAUGCGUGAAGUAUGGAGAGAGUUGUGUGUCGUGAGUCAGUGCUGUCGGCAGCCAGAGUGCUUGAGCUCAUCAACGCCGGCUUGUGGAAGGUCGUAACUGCUUAGAAACGCCCCGCUGCGAAGAAAGUAUUUUAUACAGUCGUGAAACAGUAUUUUAUCCAUCUUUUUUUAAUCAUACGCCCCUGAAGAUAUACGCUGUAGGUCAAAUAAAUAUGACUUUAUGAAAACAUAAAAGACAUUUCAAAAACAUUAAAAAAAUUU